UCUGCGUCUCAGACAAGAUAUGGCGACUUGUCAGUUUCUUGUUUUGGUCAUUUUCUGCGUCCUGUAUCUCACUUGCAGCAUUUGUGGUUUGGAUUUGAGUAAAUUCUAUCCCUAUGGCAGGAAACAUAAAGACGCUCAGCUACAUCUUGGAUAUCAUAAGCUGGUUAAACUGUCAACUCCACUCACGUUCAACGGAGAAGUUCAUAAUAGUUUAUAUGUGAAUUCUAAUGGAGCUAUCUCUUUUGUAUCACCAUUGCCUGUUGUCUUCCAAAACCUCUCCAACGGGCAUAGCUUUUUAGCGCCGUUCUACACAGACCAACAGACCAGAAAAGCUGGAAAGAUAUUUUAUCGCGAGACUCGAGAAGUUCUAUUGCUGUUCAUCGCUAGUGCGGAGGUGCAUGCUGCUUUUCCUGAAGAAGAAAACUUUGAAGCUACCAGUUUAUUUAUUGCAACGUGGUUGGAUGUCGAACAUGAUUCGACGAGAAAGAAAACCUCUUUCCAAGUUGUUCUAAUAUCAGAUGGUACAAAGACAUUCACUUUGUUUCAUUACCACAAAGAUGCUGAUGACAAGAUCUUAAAUUCGCAACCAACAUUAACAACUACUUUUCCCAAGGCAGGGUUUGGCUUGGGCUUGAGGGAAUUUGGUCUCCCGAAUUCUGGUACGAGUAACGUUUUCAACUUGGGACAAACUUCAAAUGUUCGUAUCCCUGGUAAAUGGCUGUACCUGAUAAGCCCGCGUGAUAUUAUUGAACCCGGCGUCAGAUUAAAUGGCAAGAAAUAUCAAAGUGAAACCUUGAAUGAACAUGACAUGUUGUUUGACGGGCCAGUCAGACGUAGUGUAUCAGAAACUUGCGGUGAAAGUAAAAUUCAAUGCAGUUCAAAUGCUGUAUGUGAGAAUACGCCAGUUGAAUGUUGCGUUUGUAAAAGCGGUUAUUAUGGAAACGGGAAAAUGUGUUUGAAAAAUGGCGAGAGUACGCACUUGUUUGGCAAGUUAUCUGGAAGUAUUAAUAACAAUAUCUCGUUAGAUGGGAUUAGUUUGACUGUUUUUGGAGAUGUUUCGUCACAGACGACUUACAUGGCUCUAGAUCCAGUCUCUCCAUCCCUUGGCGAUGCCCUAGGUUUGCUCAUGCCCAUGGUUACCACGUUUGGCUUUCUCUUCGCUGAACCAACUGAGGAGAACGGCAAUGGUUUCAGUUUUUUGGGCGAUAAUUUCUCACGAAGAUCUCAAGUCACUUUUGAAACAGGCGAAACCGUCAAUAUUCGAGAGACAAUGCAAGGAAAGAACCGACAAGGUUUUUAUAAAUUUGAGAUGAAAAUUAACGGCAAAAUUCCGGUUUUUGACUCGAUAAAAUUCAACAACUACGUCCACACGUACAGAUACGAUAGACUGGGCGUUAUGAGCGGGUAUUAUACCUCAAUAUUCAACGUCGGUGACAAAAAACAUAAGAUUAAUGUCGUCGAAGUCUUAGCAUUUGACGAAGUGCUGGGUUGUUUGGAUAUUGGCAGUUCGAGAAUGGCCGUCAACGAACAGAGAUCAGACUAUUCAGAGAAAGAUAAAAUUCUAAACUUAGCUCUCAAAACAAAAAUUCAGGAAAAAGAACCUUGCGGCAAAGAGAAUAAAAAAUGUCAUCGCCAAGCCAAAUGUAUUGUGAAAAAUGGCGUUGAGUUUUGUAGUUGCAACGUUGGUUUCCAAGGAGACGGUUAUUCAUGUCAAGAUGUGGACGAAUGCCUUUUGAAUAUUUAUGAAUGUUCGUCAAACGCAGACUGCAUUAACAAUCGCGGUUCUUAUAACUGCAAAUGUCGUGUUGGUUACCUUGGGGACGGUAAAGACUGUGUCAUCAGAGAGGAAGGGAUUUGUGGCGAGGAAGCAAGGAAAUGUCAUUCUCUUGCUCAAUGCAUCACCAAGGACGAGACCGCACAGUGUGAAUGCAAUGUUGGUUACUUUGGUGAUGGUGUUUUUUGCCAAGAUGCAGACGAAUGUAAACUUGAAAUAGACGAGUGUUCAGUAAACGCUGAUUGUAUGAACACGGCUGGGUCGUACACAUGUCGCUGUAAGGAGGGUUUUGUUGGCGAUGGUAAAACAUGCCAAGGAACAAAUUUUGGCUCGGGCGACGAGUGUACUGAUGAUGAUCGCCAAUGUAGGCCAACUGAAGACUGUGUUGAUGGAAAAUGUCAAUGUCGAAAUGGUUUUCUACAUGAUGGCUUUUCUUGCCAAGACGCUAAUGAAUGCCACCUUGGUAUACAUAAAUGCAACAAGACCGCAUCAUGUUCUAACACAGUAGGCUCGUAUAAAUGUACUUGUAAUGAAGGUUACACAGGGAACGGCUUCAAUUGUGUGCUAAAAGUGACCGUUGCUCCUCUAACUGGUUGUCAUGGCAAAGAAUGUCAUGCCAAUGGUUAUUGUGAUAGAUCUGGUACUAUUCCUGUAUGUAGAUGUGGGCAAGGCUUCAAAGGAUAUGGUCUGUCUUGUGAAGACGUCGACGAAUGUGAAGAAGGUACAGCAAUCUGCCAUAAUUCUGCACUUUGCACAAAUAAGAUUGGCUCGUAUACCUGUCAGUGCAGACCAGGUUACUUGGGAAAUGGCCGUGAAUGCGUUUAUGAUAAUCCGUGCAAAGGAUUAUCAUGUAGUUUCUCGGCCAGAUGUGUUGUAAGAAACGAGAUACCAAGAUGCCAGUGUUAUCCAGGUUACUAUGGUGAUGGGCAAAACUGCAAAGAUUAUAACGAGUGCAAAGCAAAGCGGGAUUCGUGCAGCAAGAAUGCGAGAUGCGUGAACACACACGGUUCUUAUCGUUGUUUCUGUUCGCCUGGGUAUCAAGGAGAUGGCCGUAAUUGUGAAAGUGAUGGCAGUUGUGCGGGUAGAAAAUGUCAUCGAAAUGCUGAUUGUGUUGAAACGAAUGGAGUGAAACAAUGUCAUUGUAAAGAUGGCUUUCUAGGAAGUGGUCUUGUGUGUAUAGACAUCGACGAAUGUUCAAACGCAAGUCUUGUUGAAUGUCCUCCAUUCUCUAGUUGUUUCAAUGUUUUAGGCUCUUAUGAAUGUCGAUGUAACCCGGGUUACAAGUGGAACGGUGUCGAGUGCAAACCGGCUUGUUUACGUUGUUUGAAUGGAGGUCAAUGUCUUGGGUCAGGUUGUCUCUGUCGAAAAGGAUAUUCUGGGGAAAGAUGUCAGUGGGCUGGAGAUGAAUUCUUGGCGUUCACUCAAGGCAGUACAAUGCAACGCCUCUCCUUACCUCCCAAUCAGGAAAGUAUUGGCAUUUUACUGCAGACGACACGUGGUCUUCUCGUGGCUUUCGAUUUCGAUCACAUGAACAAAAUGAUCUACUUCACUGAUGUCGCACGGAAAGCUAUUUGGCGGGUUGCUUUCAACGGAACUGGGACAAAAAAGAUUGUUUCUGAAGGCCUCUCGAGUCCCGAAGGAAUAGCAGUUGAUUAUGUCGGAGGUAAUCUGUACUGGACGGACUCAAUGUUUGACCGUGUUGAAGUUUCAAAACUUGAUGGGAGCGACAGAAAAGUUUUAUUUUCAACGAGAUUGAUUAAUCCUAGAUCUAUUGUGGUACAUCCAGGGAAGGGGACAAUGUAUUGGGCGGACUGGAAUAGAGCAGCUCCGAAGAUCGAAGUGUCCAACAUGGACGGUGGAAGUCGUCGUGUUUUCAUACAACAGAAGAUGGGUCUACCUAAUGGUCUAACUCUUGAUAGAAGAAAUAAUGAAUUAUGUUGGACAGAUGCGAUGUAUGGUUCAAUAUCAUGCGCUAAUCUUGACGAUGGAAUAUCACACGCAGUGUAUUCUGCAGCGAUAUAUCCAUUUGGAAUCACCACAUUUGGUCAAUAUUUGAUCUGGACAGAUUGGACCGAACGCACCAUCCAACAAUAUGAAAGACCUACAUAUCAACUGCAGACGGCUAUCAAGAGUUUUCCAGGCAGCACAGGAUCGUUUUAUGAGAUCAAAGCCGUUCAAAAACCUCAUGAUAUAGAUUCUCAUCAGUGUAGCAAGAAUAAUGGAGGAUGUUCCAACUUAUGUCUGCCUAAGCCAGGUGGCCGUACGUGCGCAUGUGCAAAUGGUUACUAUCUGGUAAGCAAGGCAGCGGCCUUGAGGUUGAAGGGAGUGGCAGGAUCGGGGUCAGGAUCUGGUAUUGGAUCAGGUGUUGGAUCAGGGGUCGGAUCAGGGGUUGGAUCAGGUGUUGGAUCUGGUACAGGAUCUAAUAUAGGAUCUAAUGUGACAAGUAACAAGCUUGAUGAGUCUGGGUCAGGUGAAGUAACUCAAUCUGGACCCACCUCUAAUACCACUUUGACGAGUUCAUCAAAGACAGUUUGCGUUGACGAAGAAGAUUAUAAAAUAAUAAAUAAUAUUCCAUAACAUGCAGAUAGGCUUUAUGCAAUGACUAGGAUUAUAACAUACCAACAUAUCUCGUAUAUAUUACCAGCUUGUGAUAAGUCGCCUUCAUGCUGGAACAAUGACGACCACUGUUAUUAUUUAAUUAUUAAAACGCGACGUAGGGAAUGAUCAUAUUGCCUGGUUAGACAACUGUGGUUGUGCAGAUUUUAAGAAUACGGGUUUCAUUGAACUGAAUCAACCGGGCAAACUUUUUCGCUUCUUACUAACUUCUCAUGUCUCCUGAAGAACGCUAUUCUUAGAUAAACCGUAUUGUUAAUGUUUCUGAACCAUGUUUUUAUUAGUUCCACAACUGUGGUUGCACAGAAUUGUAUGCAGGCCGGAGACAUUUUUUUCCAUCCCAGGUUGAAAAAAAAAAUAAAGUACAAAUUCCAAUAUGUUUUC